UUACAUCAACAAAUUGAGGUUUAAAGAACUGGGUUUAACUGAGGUAAAAGCAAAUUUUUGUUUGAGCUCCAGAAAUGGUAUCUAUACAAUCAAACUAUAAAGAUAUGAAUUCAAAGCUGAAUCCAAACACUAUGGAAGAAUACAAAAAAAGAGUCCAUGAAAGUUGCUGCUGUAAUUUUUGCAGUAAGAAAGAUUUGAAGAAUAUUUUUGAGGAAAAAAAUGUUCGCACAUUGGAGGGACCGGCUUCAACAUUGGAGAGACCGGCUCCAACAUAUACAACUGACAAAGGAUAUCCUCUGAAACAGCCCCAGCAUGAUCCGAAUAAUUUGGAGGCCCCGGAUCAUCGUUGGCAUGAACCAAGGCGUCAUGUUACCAGCAAUCCAAAACAUAACAAUGGUAGACGUACUUCAGCCCGUCGCUAUGAUUAAGAAAAAUGAGAGGGUAGUUAGACAUUCGAUGUAGCAAAUAUACUCAAAAACCACGUUCAUGACUUCAAUGUAAUUAUACGUAUAGAUAGUGAGAAAUUCAACAAUAUACUUGAAUUUGAAGCA